AUGCAUCCUGCUGCUGCUGCGCUGCUGGCGCAGCGGGGGCCCUCCAGGGCCCUACCCCCGGCCCUCAGAAGGCUCUACUUCGGGAAGCAGCAGCAGCAGCAGCAGCAGCAGCAGCGGCUGCAGCGGAGGGAGUCGCGGCUGCAGCUGCAGGCGCAGGGGCUGAAGACGCUGCAGCUGCAGCGCGAGGGCAAUGAGGACCCCAAGCAGCAGCAGCAGCAGCAGCAGCAGGAGCAGCAGCAGCAGGAGCAGCAGCAGCAGGGAUGGCUGCUGCCUCUUGAGCCCCACUGCCCACAAGAAGAGAAUGGCCGCGUGGCGCGGCGGCUGCAUGCUCUUCCUGCUGCUUUGCUGCUAGUGCUGCUGUACGUGCAGCUGCUGCAGCCAGAGUCAAUGUGGCUGCAGCAGCAGCUGCGGCGCCUUCUCCACAGAAAGCAGCUGCUGCAGCAGCAGCAGCAGCAGCAGCACCCUGUGGCAGUGAACAGCAGCAGCAGCAGCAGCAGCAAGCGCGACCGGAAGGGCAUGAGGCUUUCAUACGUAAUAGAGGGCCCUACUUACCCGGCAGCAGCAGCAGCUGCUGUUGCCACGGUAGCUGGCGCCGGUGCUGUUGCUGCACCUGCUGCUGCGGCUGCACCUGUUGUUGCUGUUGCUGCUGCUGCUGCUCCUCACCAAGAUCCCCAUCUGCUGGCCUGCGCGAAGCUGCUGCAGCUGUUUCUGCUGCGGCACUUUGUGCCAUUUGCUGCUUCCGAGCUGCAGUGCGAUUGA